UAUGAUCUCAGAUUAAUCAGUAUUAAAGAAUUUAAGGGACACAUGGCAUGUGAUCCACAAAUGAAGGAGUUGGGGAAAGAAUAUGCUAACAGAAAGAUUCCUUAACAUGCUAUAAGAGGCAAUGCAAAGGAUUGGAAGAAGGCAAGAAAAUUGAUGAAGUCUCUCCUCUCUCUCUUUGAUAGUAAUUGUAUGAAUGAAUUGGAGGCAGCCAUUCAAAGACUCAACGCCACAAUGAAGAAAUUCAUAGAAGAGGAAGAUGUCCGUUAUACUGAGUACACGAUGUUACGCACAACUGAUGCUUUGCGUUUGGACCGCGUUGAAGAGCAAUUGGUUGCACUUCAAGUGAGCUCUGCUUCUAAUGGUGAUUUGGACUCAAGUCUGCAAUAUCCGGAGAAUCAAUUGCAAGAAGAGAUCGAUGCUUCUGAUUUGCUCGAUGUUGAGGUCUUGACUACACCUUACACGACUGUUGAGAUUACUCUUUUAGAAGUUUUAAGAGAAACCUUGCUAGUUGUUAAUGCUUCUGAUGUGCGUAGUAAUCGAGUGAUUGAGCCAUCGAUUUCAGUUUUUAAUGGAGCUCCGAGAAUCAAAGGUUUUAUUCCUUCCACAGGCGGACACGAUUGUAAUAGCAAGGAGAAUACAACAUUUGAUGUAGAUAACAAGCGACUGAAGUCUUCACCUGUAAUCAUCUCAGAAGACUUCAAUAUCGUUAGGGCGCUUACCCUUCCUACGAUUCUUCUAUCAGAUCCAACUGACAUAGUAUCCAUUCCGCCUCCGCCGCUCGCCCCACCAUGGCUACAUCGCUCACUUUACUCCAGAUCACUUAAGUCCCCACCCUCAUCCAAGGUAAACAACCUUCCUCUCUAUUUCCAAUUUGAACAGAAAAAUUUAUUUGGAACUCAAUCUCACUGUACACCCACAAUUGGUAGCCGAAAUCCUAGUGUUUAUCUGCUAAAAUGUUCAUCAUCUGCUUAUACCAAUAUUGUGUCCUCAUGUGAAGCACACAAUCUGUUUGUUAAAAUGCCCAACCCAUGUGAUUUCUCUUGUGUCAUUUUUAGAAGUCUACUGAGUAUGAUGCAAAUCCCUGCAAGAGUUGGACAAGUUGAUAUGGACACAGCUAACUAUGCUGCAAGUUCUAUUUUGUUUCAUAAUAAUCACAAUUGCAUGAAUUAUUCUUCAUCUAGUGGCCUUGUGGUCGAGUUCGGUUUAAUUUCCAGUAUUGGAACAUCCUCAUUUCUAUAUGAUUUAAUGGUUGACUUUGCUUGUAAUUCUCGAGAGACUGCAGUACUUUUGUCACAAGUUUAUUGGAAUUAUAAUAAGGAGCCAAAUUCAGGGGUAAGAGCAAGGAAUAUGAAUGAUUUGAAAUUUCAGAAAGAUGCUUCAGCAUUUGAGUUCCUGCGGGCAUAUGGAUUCCAUGUAGCACCAUUAUGGUUUUGUGGGUUUCUAAAUCCUGAAGCCACUGUUUUAUGGAAAGGAAAGACAUCAUAUAAUUAUACAUUUUUUAUGAUAAGAUACAAACCUUUGGCUUAUCAUGACUUAUACAUAUCGGUUCAGCUCAAAGUACACAAAAUCUAUCAAAUUGAAAACUUGGGUGCAAUGACUCUCAUCCUGUACAAAAGUGUUUGCCAUCACUUGUUUAAGGAAAAUGUUAUGCAUUCAAUUGCUCAUAAGAAGUCAAUGUCAUUAAUGAAUUUUAUCUUCUUUGUUGGUAAAAUGACAUUCAAAAGAUUGUGUGUAGUUUCCAAGGAAAACGGGUGGAGGAAGGUCACUGUCUUAAGUUUAAGAGUCAGGCUCCUUGUACUUGCCAAUAUUACAUUCCAAUUUGAGGCAGCUGGAAUAUUUUCUCAGAAAGCACUUGGCUUGGAUAAACGUGUUAAUAAUGAUGACGAAAUUUGCAGUCCUGUGUCUGCAGGUUUCAUCAAACCGGAACAGUUAUCAGACUCGAGUGUCUUAGACAACAUCAUUGUGAAAUCAACAACCUUUUCCAUGCAUUACCGGAGUCUCGCCAGUUCGAAUAGAAUUGAUGUGAUGAUGACUAGCUCCAUGGAAUUCACUGUUAAUAAAGAAAUAACACAUCAGUCCCUGGAUGUCAAUACAUUCACUUAUGGAGACAAUAUAGGUAAGAUAGGGAAGACCGACAGAAGCCUAGAGGUUCAUAAACGUGGGAAUGGAGAUCUACUCUUUGUUUUCGAGCAAACACGUUAUAUGAGAAGUGAAAGAGAAAAGUCUGGAAAUAAGAAUUGGAAUGAUUGGGACCAUAUUCUAAAAAAAUUCUCAGCCAGCACAAAACAGAUGCUUUCUAAGUCGUUUGAUAAGCCAAAUUUGAGAUUGAUUGGCAUGCUGGAAAAUGUUCUACAACAACUACAACAAUUGGCUCCUAAACCAUAUAUUGUUCUCUGUCUUAGCUACAUGUACGCUCUUUCGCAUGACGGUGAUAAGAAAGUUGUGGAUUUAAUUUCUUUUUCUCUUGUGCGGCAACAAUUCAAUCAAUGGGAUCCUGGUGGAUAUUCAAUUGACUUGGAAGCCAUUUGAGUAGAUACUACUAUUCCCCAAAUUGUCUCGGCUUCAACCUUGAGGACAAGGUUUAUUUUAAUGGGGGGAGUAAUGUUAUGAUCUCAGAUUAAUCAGUAUUAAAGAAUUUAAGGGACACAUGGCAUGUGAUCCACAAAUGAAGGAGUUGGGGAAAGAAUAUGCUAACAGAAAGAUUCCUUAACAUGCUAUAAGAGGCAAUGCAAAGGAUUGGAAGAAGGCAAGAAAAUUGAUGAAGUCUCUCCUCUCUCUCUUUGGUACUCUCUUAUAGAGUAAUGAUUAAGUCUUAUACUUAAUCUUCUUCUAUCUUUCUACUAGUUCUUUAGUUUGUCAAUUUGCAUUUGUAUUCACUCAAUUUCUAUUGUAUUGUUUCAAGAGAAUUCUAUACAAAGAUAUAUUUCUCCAAUUGUCUAUAUUUUCUCUGUAUUCAAUAUUUCCAAAAGGGGCUAAACCCUUACACAUGUCUACUCUAUACAGGAAACCGGUUUAUUUUAUGAAUUAUGCAGAUAUGUGACUGGAAAUUAUAUUUGAAAAACUCAACUGAAUCAGACAAUUCAACCUUGAACUGUGAAUUUGCAUUGUCAACAUUUCAGUUAUUUGAGUUUUUUCGAUUGUGGUAUUAUUCUAAUUAGAGCGGUUUUGAAUUAUGAUUUUGUGAUUGAUGUCUUAACCCUGUGUUGUGAGAGCAGCUGAAAAAGAUGCAUGUAGAAUAUAUUUGUACAACCUAUGUUGAGGAGUUAUGUGCUGCUGGU